AUGUCUAAGUAAAGCUCUUUCUUAGCAAAUCCUUUGAAUGAUAGUUCAAAUGAUUUUAAUGCAAAAGGCUAUAUAAGUGAUAAUCAGCCCAAUUCAGGACAAGAUGAAGAAGACUGCCCAAAAAAUCCAUUAGAAUCAGAUAAUGAAGGAAAUGAAUCAGCAGUCUUAUAACAUUUAAUAGAUAACGAGAGUAUGUGAUGAUGAAAUAUAUUUUAGAAGAAGAUUCCUCUUCCAAAAGUGAUGGUGCCUCUAACCCAAUGAUGGAAAUGGAUCCUGUCUCUUUAGAAAAUGUUAUCAACUAAAAUUUUGCAUCUAUUGGAUAGCAAUAUCAUGUUUGUUAAACAAUUGUGGAUUGUAAUAAGACGAUUGAAUUGCAAUAGGAUUAGAAUCCUUUAUUUUCUUGUGAUGAAUUGUUAGACCCAAGAUAAAGCAAUAAAGAAAAAUCAAAAGAUAUAAUCAAGAAUUAUGAAAGUCAGCUGCAAUAACUUUAAAAAGAGAACUAGCUAUUGAAAAGUAAAAUUAUCUUUAUAAUUGACUCAAAGGUCAACUAAUAGAAAAGGACAUGAAUUUUAGAGAGAAAGCACAACUAAAAGAUAAUGAAAUAGCAAGUUUGAAUGAAUUAAAUAAAAAUCUCAAUGCAGAGAAUGUUUCGAUGAAAGGAGAGAUGUAGAAAUACAAAAAUGAAAUUUAGUCUUUAACAUAAAAAAUUCAUUAACUUUAAGCAGAAAAAUUAAAAUAUCAUAGAUCAAAAACAGGAGCUGAAACAGCAAGAGGAUUUGAUGUUUAAGUAUUAAUUAAACAAUUUAAGGAAUUGCAAAAAGGUACCAGUUUAAAUGAUUAAACAAUCGCCACUAUGAGCGCUAAUCAUUUAGAAAUAAGGAAGAUUCCAACAACAAGUAUUGAUAUACCGUGUCCUUUUUCUGCAAAAUAGAAAUAAGACUAAAGAAAUCAGUUCACUUUUAAGAAUGGGAAACCUGAUGCUAAUCAUCAAACAAGUACUUGAGUAUUUCUAAUUUCUAAGCUGAGCUAUGUGAUACUUAAAGACUGCGGAAGGGACCCAAAAACUAAAGAUCCUUAUAAGAUUUAAUUUUCAAAGCAUAAAUAGGGAUUGCAUUUUCGAAACCAAACAGUAUAAUUGCAAAAUUACACAAUAGGUACUUCCUUGUAAAAGGCUUAAGGUUUAGGGUAACUAUUUUUUGAAAGUAAAUCAACUAGAAACAAUCAGCAAAAAACUUAGUUAGUCCCCAAACAAUGAUCUCCCAG